CACCAGCUCCAUCGUUGGCAAGUGCAAGCGUUGACAGAACCGCCCGGCCAUACGGUUCUUUCGCAGUCUACUUAGAAUCGCUGCUGGGCUCUCAUGAUUUCACUCCACCAACUGACACAGAGCAGCUAACCACCUCCAUAGUCCCCAUAGACCGCGCAGUCGUCCCUAUAUCUGAACAAACUCAUGGUUGACCAUGGAUGCUCCAGAUGAGGACAAAGAUGUUGUACUCCAACGCUCCUCGGAAGAAAUCAUUGCAACACUCAAGACAUCUGUGAAAUCAUUUCUGCGAAAGAGUGAGAAGAAGAAGGUUCGACGCCAUGUCCGAGUGCGUGAGACACAGGGAAUUCUCAACCUGGUACGAUAUGGAUUUGCCCAACAUCAACAUCCCACCAGACCCACAUAAGCUAAUACAACCAUCAACAGCUCGAGCAUUUUCAAGAGCUUCCACAGCUGUUAGAUCCCCAUCUCCAAACCCUCGUUCCUCUUCUCGCAGAUGCAUUCCUCGAGCACCUCGUGCGGGAACAAAGCUCAGAGUCGAAACCAACUGAAAAAGUCCCCAACGAUUCCGACCACCUUUUGCAACCCUUGUCUCAGGCAAUCUGCCAGCUACUAUAUACGUUUUGCAAGAUUCGAGGUGGAAAGGUCAUUGUCAGGUUUCUGAGCACCGAAACUCGAUUUUUGGAGCUGCUCUUGUCGGCUAUUGAGGCCGGAAAUCUGGAGGCGGACGGUGACACCCCAAAAGGACAUACACGGCGUUGGGAGGAGCGCUACAUCACCCUUCUCUGGCUUUCACAGUUGUUACUGGCUCCCUUCGAUUUGUCGACGAUAUCGUCAACUGUGGCAGUAAAUGGCACCUCGAGUACAAUUCCCGGCCUGGAAUGGCCUGAAAACGUUCCGGGGGUCUCUGUGCGAGUGAUUUCGCUUGCUAUCAAACAUCUUUCUUCGGCUGGGAAGGAGAGUGAUGCCGCAAAAGUACUUCUUGUCCGUGUCGCCAUGCGCCGGGACAUGCAACAACUUGGAAUAUUGAACUGCUUAACACGGUGGGCCAUUUCCAUGUUUCGUGCGCCUGAAAUGGAGGUGAGACUAGCCCAACAUUACAUUGGCCUUCUUUCCUUCCUAGCAGGACUUCUUGUCUCUUCUGUUGGUACUAGUGACUUGCAUCAGCAUCUCGAGGGGAUCUUUGUGCUAGCGCAAGCAAUUGUUGACUCUGAAACUCCACUGUUCAAGAUCAUCAAUGAUUCUGCUGUUGCCCGAAAGAAUGCUAUCAAGAUGAUCCGAACGAUCGGGAUUCUUGACCUGCGAAAUAUUGCAAAUUAUGCUUCUCAAGCCAGAAUUGAAGGUACGAUUGGCCACCUCUUGGGCUUUCUUGCAGACAGAUCUACCCCAGUUAGACUUGCAGGCAGUAAGGCGCUUAGCAUGGUAACCUUGAAGCUGGAUGAAGAUAUGGCUUCAGAGGUUGUUGACGCGGUCAUCAACGAUCUGACUGCAAAUGGGAAUCCCUGGCAUGGUGUUAUUCCGAAUGACGACUUAAAGGUUUUCAACUUGUCCAGCGCUGAUGAAAUGCACUGGCACGGAUUAAUCCUGACACUUUCUCAUUUGUUGUAUCGUCAUGCCAUUCCAGCCACAAAACUCGGUCCCAUCUUGUCCUAUCUCAUUGUUGGCCUCUCCUUCGAAAAGCGAAACACUUCUGGUGUGUCAGUUGGCACCAGCGUACGCGAUGCUGCCUGUUUUGGCAUUUGGGCCUUAGCACGGAGAUACACCACGGCUGAGUUGAGAUCUGUCGCUUUGGACACGUCGGAAACCCCAUCUCUUUCUGCUACUUUUACCGUCCCUCUUGAAAUCCUAAAAGAACAUUCUCAGGACUUAGUUGUUCAGGGAUUAGCUAUAGAACUCGUGAUUUCCGCUUGUUUGGAUCCCGCUGGCAAUAUUCGUCGGGGUUCUUCUGCGGCAUUACAGGAGCUUGUUGGCCGACACCCAGACACUAUCAUUGAGGGAAUUACACUCGUUCAAGUGAUAGACUACCACGCGAUCGCUCGCCGUUCGAGAGCAUUCCAAGAAGUUGCGCCACCAGCAACACGUUUAUCACGCAUCUACUCCGACGCUCUUGUUGCAGGACUUGCCGGUUGGCGUGGUGUUGGUGAUAGUGAUGCUUCUAUGAGACGCAUGAGCGCGAAUGCAUUCUCAAAGAUAAGCUGGGCAGAUCAGCAUUCGAGUUGCAGCUUGCUCCCAAGCGUUGAAAUAACUGAUUCUUUGAUGCGCCUUUUUAAUCGCUACAAUGAUUUGCCUGUUCGAGAGGCCAGCGAACGGCAUGGAGUACUUUUGUGUAUUGCAGGCAUCACCGAGAGAUUGCGACCAAUUCUCGGCAUAUCAAAUAUCAAAAGAAAUCUGGAACAGAAUUCCCUUCUGCCUCUGCAAAAAGUUCUCGGUAGUGUCAUCUCUAUGUACAUUCCAGUACUCAUUGAUGCAGAACUAAAUUUGGAUAAAAAAGGGGCGGCUGAUUUAUCAGGGGAGGGUAUAAGCCGUGUCCUACUUUCAAUGAUUCCGCUUCUUCGAGCAGAGCUUGUAUUGCGUUGGUUCCUGGGAGACUCUAUAUCACAGUCAUCGCGUCGCAGCGAAAAGGAGCAAGCAAGUAUGCUAUGCCAGCUUGAUAUCCCUUUAUGGCACGGGGGAGCUGGAUCCAUUGUCCCAACUGAAGCUUUGACCAGUUGCCAAAAUUCUUAUGAUUCCGGCUUCCCUCCCAUGAAAGCAGUCACAGAAUCAGCAAGAACACUUUUGGUUCAGUUUGCAAAAUUAAAAGAGAAGGAAUCAAUUCAAUCUGUCACUGAGGCAUUGUCAAAUUACAUCCUCUUAUUCGAGAAAACGGAAAGGGCAACUGUGGUUAUGGAAUUGAUUGAAGCAGUAAUAGCCGAUGGCAACAGUGGGCGAACGGGACAGGGCAAGGCCAGUUUGAAAUCGCUUUUUGUGAUUUUGCCGCUUGUAACAGAUUCCUCUCUAAACCCAAAGGGCUUGCAAGAGAAGAUUUUCUCCACUUUGCAUUGGAGAUGGACUCUUGUUAAUGACAUCGAAACGAGAGUGACAAUCCUAGAAUGUCUUGCUAAUAGCAGUGCACUUCUUACUCAUACAACGAAGUUCACGUCAAUGAUUCGGGAGGGUCUCGACGAUUACACUACUGAUAAUCGGGGUGAUGUCGGCUCUCAUGUGCGUAUCGCCGCACUGAGAGUCGUGGAGGUAUUUGGCCGCAAUCUUGAGCCUUCGGAUAAGCGUGGUUAUGCGAUGUUCCAUACCUUUGUUGGAAGAAUACUCAGAUUAGCCUCAGAGAAACUUGACAAAGUCCGCAUUGAGGCUCAAAAGGCUUUGACCUGGGCGACGAGCAACGAACCAAGGUUGGUUAUGUGGAGCAUAGCGAUUUUUCAUACUAAUCUUCAUAGUCAUCGAGGCGCGUUUAUCAAGCUAUCACCAAAUUCUCAUGAAUACUAUACAACGCUCUUGGCUUUCCCUGAACACUACUACUUGGAUGGCCUAAUCUACCAGGUGCAAUGGUUGACGCAGGUUUUGGAAGGGUAUGUUCUCUCUGCGGAUACAGGUUCGCAGGAUGUUGUACGAGCAAGCCGAGACGCACUUGUAGAAUACUGUGAUACGAAAGACAUACAUGCUACUCUAAUUAGCUGCGCUCUUCUCGACCUCCUGACUACCAGCAUAAAUGACAAGAACGAAAGAAUCAUACCUUCAGUUCUGGAAGUCAUCGCAUUCCUCCUCGACAUGGGGAUCGUGCAGCGAAGCAAAGUUAGGUGAGUCACCAUCUACUCAUGCCCUUCAGGUUAUCAAAAUAUUGAUGAGAUAUAUUCCAGUUUCCCUGAGCUCUUCAAGCUUGUCCAGAAAUCCCACUUCCAAACUAGAAAUGUCAAGAAAUUAGAGGCGGCAGUCAAGGUAUAUGGGGGGAUGAUACCAAUUCAUAAUGGUGUAUUAAAGAAACUGACGAGUAUGCUUCUUCAUCCCUUUCCGAGAGUGAGGAACUUGGUUGCGGAGGAGUUGUGGGUUCAGACGGGAGUUGGGAAGGGAGUCAACUGGACGAAGGCUACGCAAGCUGAUAUGGCGGUGUUAAGGAAGGAAUUAAGUGUCGCUUAAGAGUGUUCGUGUAUUAGUAGUAGCAUCAGAGCAUAUUGCAUCUUAAUAC